GUUAAAGAAUCGUACAAAUACAUUUCAAGUAAAACUUGGAAAUCGUAACUACAAUGGCAAGUGGUUUCUAAAAUAUAAAUGACGUGGUAUUUUGGAAAUAUAUGCAUACGUGAAAGAAUUCUGCAGCGUUUAACGAUUAUUCGCAAAAUGUCGAAACAAGGAUCGAAGAAAGCUGGGAAAACUCAGAAACUAGCUGCAAAUGAGGAAGCAAAAGGACCCGUCGGUCUAGAUAAAAGUGGAAAUGUUACUAUAAAGAUCCAAGCAAAACCUGGUGCGAAACAUAACAAUAUAACUGAUAUUUCCGAUGAUGCAGUGGGCGUCGCCAUAUCUGCGCCUCCUGUCGAAGGCGAGGCAAACACGGAACUUGUAAAAUACUUAGCUUCCGUAUUAGGAAUGCGAAAAUCAGAUGUAUCCUUAGAUAGAGGUUCCAAAAGUCGACAAAAAGUAGUAGUUGUGUCUGGUGCCACAGUGGAGAAAGUUUUGGAAAAAUUAAAAGCAGAAAUGGGAACUUGA